CUGCAUAACAAUUAUCUUGUCAGAAACAAACACACAAAACCUGCCUAACAAGUUUAGACAAUGAAAACAUCCCAUUAGUCAGGGCACACAGAACGCCUUCACAUUCUCAGAAGGAGGUUAGUUUUGGAGAUUGGCACCUGCUCGCAUCAUGGAUGCCAGUACCACCUACAUCGACACCAGAAUCGCCACCGACUUCAACCCCAACAUCCUCCCACCGGGAGGAUGGCACACCGCCGAGGUGUGUGGGGAGAAACAUACCGACAGGCAGCCCAGCCAGAGGAUCUGGAACACCGUGCUUGUUACACAACCACCCGGAUCCCAAGCCAGCCAACCCAAACAACAGCAACAGAAGCCAGCUGCGACUUUCUCCGAGCCUGCAGUCCGGGCGCCUCGCAACCCUAACGAGAAGUUCUCUUUUGACAAAGUCGAGAACUGGACAAUCAGUCAGGUCGAUGACUUAUCGGAGUACAGCAGGCGGCGGUCAUUCCCCCAGACGGCCAUCAAUGGGUCGUCAUUUCCUCAAAAAGCCAUCGUCGGGCCGUCAGCAGUACAAGCCGCCCCAAGUCCACCCAGCUCUGCGCCUUUCCCCCAGAAUCCUGCUCAUUUGCACGACAAGAAAGUACGCUUCUCGCUGACUGACGAGGUGUUGCAAGAUUUGUCCGCCUCGUACGAAAACAUCCCUUUCGAUCCCGACGAGAAACGUCCCCCUGCCCUGGGUGGAAUUCAGGCCGUGUCCUUCAACGCUGAGAAAAUGCAAGGCUGGACCAUUGUCAACUUUCAGCAGUUUCCGCUUCCGCCUGAAAUGCUGAAGAAACAGCAGCAGGUUCCCGGAGAAAUGUUCAUCACAUACGUCGAGGACGGAAAGCUCAAGAUCAUCUUCCUACAAAAGCCGACUGACGCUUUGCAGGAGGAAUACGAGAAUGACAAAGUCCGGUCGAAAGAACACAAAAAGCAAAACAGGGUCCAUAACCAUUAUGACAGUGCAAACGGCAAGGGCCAGAAGACCGUCUCCGUGUCCAGUAAGUUCAGCCAAGAAACAAGGAGAGAGUCACAAACUGACAAAGUCAGCAGUGUUGGCUCCGCUAACGGCUUUUCAUCGAACCACGGAGACUCGGGCAAGUUGGUCCAAACAAUGGACAACAGGAGGGAGUCGGAGAUUAGCAAUGCGAGCAGCAUUACAUCUGCGACGGGUCUAUUAAACAACAGGGACUCGAUGAUCCAACCAACCAAUAACAGAAGAGAGUCGCAACCCAGUAACGGAAAUAUCUCUGUCAACAUUGGUCCGGCGGUACAACCAAACGACAGCAGCAGGAGGUCACAACUCAUCGGCACCAGCAAUGGCUAUUCAGACGGGGUCACGUACGAGAAAGAGCCAGUCGAGAAGCGGGAGUCGCACUUCAGCCUGGCGGGGAGUGUGAAAGACUGGAGCUGGCAGCCAGCGGGUGGAGAUCAGACGACAGGGGUGCAGAGCUCCAUGACUACUGGGGCAGAACAGCAGGAGGAAAACACGCCUGCACCUACUCAAGUCCUGGUGAAUGACCAGCAUUACUACGUCACAAAGGAGGACAAUGCCCCUGUCCCACAAUCCACUUUACGGAAGAUUGAUUCCGGUCCGGAACAGCCGUCUGGUCCACCCGACCGCCCCCCUCCCUCCUAUGAUGUGCUGGACACGGUGCCCAAACUCCCCCUUGACAUCGUGGGAGACGAUAACGCAUCUGUCUCCAGCGUUAGGUCGACCAGUACGACAGCGUCUGUCCGAGCUGCCAUCAGCGCCACGGAAGACGUGUUGGUAAACGUGACAAAAGGAGAGGGGAAGUCCCUCCACGUGAACGUGCGACCGCCCGAGGGGAUGUCCCCAGGCGACAUUGAGGUCAACCUCGACCUGGCCGUCCUCGACGAAAACGAAUUGAGCCAGGAACCAAUCAUGCAGGCCCCUGCUGUAGAAGAACCAAUAGCAGACGAGCUUAGAAGAGAGCCACCACUGGUGGAGUACAGGAAAGAAGAACCAAUGAUAGAGGAGCUUAGAGAGGAACAGCCAAGGGUGUCAGAAUGGCGGGAAGAAGAGCACAUCGAGGUUCAGGUAAAGGAGAGGUCGAAGGCGGAUGACGUGGCAAGUGUUGGGAGCCGCACUAGCAGAGAGAGCCGCAAAAAGAAGAAGACAAGAGGAUCGAGCAGGCGGGAUGAUGCGGAAAGUGUGGCGAGCCACAGCAACAGUGAGUACCACAGGAACACGGAGAAGAAGAAGAUGCUAUGGAGCAACAUGUCGCUGCCACGGAAAACUCGUUCUCUGUCCAGAGAACCUGUUCCGGGGGAGAGCAUGUUUGAUGCAUCGCUCUCAUCAGGGAACAGGAGUUACAGGAAGCCAAACAAGCAGAGUGGGCAAGGAGGACUAGCCAGGUUAACUAGCAAGUUUAAAAAGUCACAGAAGGGCCAGUAAUAGGAAUGCAGAUGGCACAGGCUCUACCUGUAAGGGCUUUCGUCACGUACGUUGUGUGAUCGUCAAGUGAUCACAAACUGAGGGCAAUCUUGGGACAGCCCUGCAAAAUUCAGCUGUCUUCUGUUUUGUUACAUGAAAAGCUGUCUUGGAUCCUUUUCAGCUGUUGAAAAUACAGGUAUCAAAAUCUUACGAUAACCUACAAUGAAUGUGAUUGUAUUAUAACCAAUAUUUGUUAGUGACAGUGAAUUUGAUGCUAGUAUCUGUCUAGAAAUUGUCUUAUAUUUAAUGUUCUACUACCCUCAGCUUAACAACAGUUGAAAGUAAUAAAUAACCCUGAGUAUGUAUUAACUAUUUUGGAUAUCUUGUAUUUUGUAAAAUGCAGAAUCUGAUCUGCUUGGAAGGAAAUUCAUUCCAUGUAAUUUGUAUUUCUUUAUCAUAGCCGAUGCAAAAUGCUGUGUUUAGAAUUUCAUUAAGCAUUUUUAUUUCAUUCAGAAUUUUUUUUAAGUGGUAGACUGCAGUUCUUUUUUAACCAGAGAUGAGGACUGAUCUAUCCUGGAAUUGAAAGUAAGUUAAGAAUUGAAGAAAUAAAUUGAAUGUUCUUUUUACAAUUUGUAAGUUAGACCUGAAAUUUCACUCAAGCGAAGUAUGAGAAUUUUUAAUAUCAUAAUUAUCUAUAGGACAUGUAAGAAACCUCUGGCUGGUGUUAUGGACAUAUUGAUUUGAUAUGUAUUUUACCAUGUUAUCUCAAUUAUGAGCACAUUAUUGUUGUUUUGCCAAAUGUCUUUUACGUCUUCCUUUUUAUCAGAUCGUAUUAUACGUAUUAUUUACUAAUGUCUCAGGAAUUGUGGGGA